UUUCAAAGGGUGAGUAGUCCAAGCCAAACUAACCAGAUAUACAUAUACCCCCUCGCUUCGCGAUUAAUUCAUUCAUGCAUCGCACUCUGCAGUGUACUCGCUUGAUCUGGAUCUUGUGAAUUUUCAGGUGUUGUUGGGGCUUUUCUCUUGUUGUUUCACGUUUAUAUUGAUUAGUGUCCGGUGGUGAAAUUGAGAAAACAAGAUGGUUGUACUAGCGGCUUCCAUCAUAAGUAAAUCGGGCAAAGCACUUGUCUCGAGACAGUUUGUGGACAUGUCUCGUAUACGAAUUGAGGGGUAUCUUGCAGCUUUCCCCAAAUUGGUGGGAACAGGGAAACAACAUACUUAUGUUGAGACUGAGAAUGUCCGCUAUGUUUAUCAGCCAAUAGAGACCCUCUAUCUACUUCUUGUUACAAAUAAGCAGAGUAACAUUCUUGAGGAUUUGGAGACACUGAGACUACUUUCUAAACUUGUGCCUGAAUACUCUUAUUCCUUAGACGAGGAAGGCAUUGGCAAGACAGCUUUUGAGAUUCUUUUUGCAUUUGAUGAAGUUAUCUCACUGGGACACAAGGAAAAUGUCACAGUUGCACAAGUCAAGCAGUAUUGUGAAAUGGAAAGUCAUGAAGAGAAACUACACAAGUUGGUCCUCCAAAGUAAAAUCAACGAAACCAAGGAUAUCAUGAAAAAAAAGGCUAGUGGAUUGACAAAAGCAAGAUUGAGAAGAAUAGAGGUGACAAGGGAGGAUUUAUGUCAUUGCAAUCAAGUAUUGGAAGAAUAGACAGUGUCUUUGGCAGUGACACUAGCAUAUCUAGCAGCAAUGGUGGUUUUGGAGGUGGUUCUAGCUUUGGAUUAAG